AUGAUUUCACAUCAUCAGAAUUUCAGUAAAGUUUCAGAGAUUUUGCUCCUUGGGUUUCAGAAUUUGAAGAGUUUUCACCUCGGUUUCUUCUUUCUCUUGCUGGUCACUUACUGUGUGACUGUAUGUGGGAACCUCCUGAUCAUUUUGGUGGUCUCCUCCAGCCGAUCCCUCCACUCCCCCAUGUAUUUCUUCCUCACCCAGCUUUCCCUCACCGACCUCUUGCUCACUACCACCAUCGCGCCCAAUAUGCUUCACAUCGUGUUACAUGAGGGAAGUUCUGUGUCUUUUCUAGGAUGUUUGAUACAAUAUUAUUGUUUUUCCGCCUCUGAGGCGUUGGAGUGUCUCCUCCUGACAGUGAUGUCCUAUGACCGGUACCAGGCUAUCUGUAACCCUCUUCAUUACUCCUCCAUCAUGGACCUCGCCUUCUGUACACGGGCCGUCCUGUUGUGCUGGUUGGUGAUUUUGGCGACUGUGGUGAUGAUCUAUUUCACGAUGAGUCGCUUGGAUUUCUGUGGACCGAAUGUCAUUGACCAUUUCUUCUGUGACUUAGAACCAUUACUGGAGCUCUCCUGUUCCAACACUUUUAUGAUGAAGUUGGAGACUUUGUUUUUGGUUAUUUUUCUUGCCAUUUGCCCGGUUGUAGUUAUCAUAGUCUCUUAUGUCUACAUUAUCAUCACCAUCAUGAAGAUCCCGUCAGUGACCGGGAGGCAGAAGACCUUCUCCACCUGUAGUGCCCAUCUGACCGUGGUUUCUCUCUACUAUGGGUCUCUUAUUACCACCUACGUGUUUCCACGCAAGCAAAAUGCCAAGACCUUCCUGUCCCUGUUCUACACGGUGGUGACUCCGCUCCUUAACCCAAUGAUAUACAGUCUGAGUAACACAGAUAUUAAGGAGGCCCUUAAGAAACUUUUCAAUAACUUUUCUGCAGUUUUCAAGAAAAAUGUCUUCUAA